AGGUGAAGUAUGGCCUGGAGCAGUAGAAGAUGAGGUCUGAAAAUGGUAUUACCUACCUCAACCCUCUUAUUUUCAGCGGCGGCAUGUGCGAUACUCCACCAUGGAAGACUUGCUUGCAGAGCGAGCUUCACGGGUGUUGCGGGAGCAGGCACCUUACUGUUGUGGUCCUCUGCUAGCCGAUUUCGAUGAAGACGUUCAUGGGAUGUUCACUGUUUAUAGAAUGUCUGACACUCACUAUGUCAUUAUGAAUGCCUCAGUUCUCGAAGAUGUUCUCGUUGAGGCCUCAUCUUUACUGGAUCCAGCAUUUGAUCUUCCGAGGUGGUAUCAAAACCAACUGACAGAAGGACGGCCUCUUCAUCAUGGCAGUUCUUGCUGUCAGGACCGCCCUCGUGUCGCAAUGGGCGACACCUAUGCCUUAGGUGUGGAGGAAAUCCUUAAUAGUGGCAUUAAGGACCCUCUCGAGACACCUGGACAACGGCGAUUUGUCUGUUCUCAGCUGGCUGAUGAAUCAGUACUCACACACGAUACACUUCUGGCUCGCACCUUUGUGAUGCCGCGAGCCAUGCUUCUUAACCCCUGGUAUGACCUAGUGAAUGCAUACUCACUUAUGGUUUGCUUGGAUGGUUUGGCUCAGUUGGCAGGAUCGCCGUUCACCUUGGAUGAUCUGGAGGGCGAGUUGGCCGAUUGGUUUUCUUCGGAUGAGUGGCUGCUGGAGUUUGACUUCAUUUCUCUGCAUCCUGUCAUUGAGCUUAAUAUGGCCGGCUCACCUGCUAUAGAGCGUAUAUCAGCUGUCCAACGGAAUGCUGCAAUUCCAAAGGACUUUUGGCAGCUUCUGCCUGAACCUGUCAUAGUCGUCAUUGAUAUUAACGGUCACCCCGCGCGGGCGUUGCUGGACAGUGGUUCCUUGUCAGACUUCAUAUCUGCGAAGUUAGUUCAUCAGCUUGGUAUCAAACCGGUUGAACUCGCGAAACCGUUACCUGUUCACUUAGCGGUGCAGGGCUCACGUGCGAAGAUCUCUACUGGAUGUAAAGCGCGAAUCGCAUAUCAGUCAAUAACAGAAGAACGGUAUUUUGAUAUUAUCAACUUACUGAAUUACGAUGUGAUCUUGAGCACGCCGUUUCUGUUCCAGCACUGAGUCGUCCUCGGACUCAACCCAACGACUACCGUCGUUGGAAGUUCGACAUUGCUUCCUAUUCAAGGGAAGAGUGUUCAGGUGCUCGAAUCGCAUGCUGCAGAUCUGUAUGACGAUAAACUAGAAUCAGCUCGUCAGCUAUUGUGAGAAUAUGCAGCUCCUAUAUGUCGAGAGGCAAGUGAUGCCCCACUGCCUCCCUUGCGUGCAAUCAACCACACAAUUCCAU